AAUAGAAAGAUACUCUCACACGACAUGUUGUAUAUAGUCCACCAUCAUACCUGAGACAAAGUUGAUCUGCCUCACUGUCUACAAACUGCACCAAAAACGCACGACUCUGUUUGUACACAUCACAUAUAACCUGAUGGGGAUGGCUUGUGGCAGGGAUCCUCGCUAUGACCUUAUUCACCACCAAAAACUCAAUGGAAAUAGACGGAAGCUUCAAACCCAACUAGCAGAUUAUUUCAAUGAACUUAUUGAGAGAUUACGCGAAAAGGGGGGAUUGCAAAAAUAUGAAUUCACGCAAAUUCAAAAUACCAGACGGAAUGAGGGUCCAGAAGCAGGAAUAUCGAAGCUAAUAGACUGCCUUUGUGAUCGCGAUGUAGAGGUUUAUAAUAUUUUUAAGGAGUGUUUGAUAGAAAUGGGAUUAAAACAAAUAGUAGUUGAUCUACUAGAAGAUGGGGGAUCAGGCAGUCAAACGGUGAAUGAUCCAAUAACUGCAAGCCAAAGCGAGCUGAGCGGUAAUGCUUCUGGUGCUCCAACUAGAAGCCAUACUGAGCUGAGCGGCCAUGCUACCGGAUAUACAGAAUCGAGAAACGCUACCGAGCAGAGCAGCCUACAUACUGUGGGCACAAUAACUAGACACUAUACAGAACAGAGCGUCUAUGCUCCUGCUGGUCCAGUAAGUAGAAGUCAUCAUCCCGAGCUGAGCGGCCAAGAUACUGGGAAUAUAAUAACUAGAAGCCAUACAGAGCACAACGUCCAUGAUGCAAUAACUAGACAAAACACACAUCUGGCAGAUGUGGACAAAGCAGAUGUUCGUAAAUGUGUACUAUUUGGACGAAUGAGAGAACCACAUUAUAGUGAGAUAUGGAUACCUAACAACGAAAAUCUGGUGAAAGAUUUUAAAAACCACCUGGGCGACGUCAUGGGAAAACUCUUCCAAGCAUUCAUAAUAAACGAUGACGACAAAACUACAAUUAACGGCAUUAAUGAUAACGUAGAUGCUGCCAGAAAGUUAGUGGAUAUUCUUGCCGAGCGUGGCGAGAAUGUCUUGGGGAGAAUAAUAAAAGCUUUGAAACCUAAAUACGACAUAGCAAAGAGACUCGACGUGCAGUUCACAAAAAUAAAUUUACAUAAAUAAUUGAACCUAUAGUCAAUGACACAAUGGUGUAAUAAUAUACUAAUAUUGUAAAACAAUAGGUAUGGCAUAAUUGUCAUACCCAGAACGAUGCCAAUCGAUUAAGAACAUAUUCCCUUAAUAGUUUAAACGCCUGUUUCUGGUUAUAACUAACUCAAAAACAGCCAGAAUCCUAAGCAAAUACAAGUAACUAUAAUUUACCGGUGAUUCGGCUAUGACGUCACAGUCUAUUAGUUCCGUCUACCUUCAAUUAAUUGUGAUAAUGUGAUAUGGCUGGCUCUUUGUGGUUCUAACGAUUAUGUUCAAAAAGCAGUGUAAGCUGAGACAUUGCAAACCAUCAACAAACAGGCUGUUUGGUGAUUACCUGAUCAGUGUGUUUACCUAUAAAUAUUUCUUUUAUACAGUUUUUAUGUAAUAAAACAAAUAAAAUUAA